GCUCUGCUCGGCCGCUGGUUCCCAGAGGACGGCAGGUGAGCAGGGUCCUCAGAUCUGGCUAGAAUCCCGGCUGGGCUUCCUUGUGUGUCUGUGAACAGGUCUGAACCUCCUUGCCCAUCUGCAGAAUCGUCAAACACCUGUCCUUUAUACUGCACGGAGGCCAGAUGGUAAUUUUUCAAAUACACGAAGAACUCCUGUAAAGACCAAAACAAAACAGAGUAACAGAAGGAGGUCACAGGAUAUGAAAGGAAAGCUCACAAAAGAAGAGGAAAAAGGCUCUUAAACCUGUGAAAAGAUGACCAACCUCACUCAUAAGAGAAUUGAUACUGGAAUAGUCACACAGGCAGGAUGACCCAAAACAUGCUGGUUGUGAAUGGAGUCGAUGUGGCCUCUACGCUGUCCCAGCCCACUCACAUCGACAUCCACAUCCACCAGGAAUCCGCUUUGGCACAACUGCUAAAAGCUGGGAGUUCCCUGAUGGAGCACCUGUCCCACCGUCCUGCCAAGGCCAGGAUAGGCUAUGGACAGCUGGCGCUAGGGGUGACCCAGAUAUUGCUGGGGGCUACGAGCUGUGCUCUUGGAGGGCUUCUCUACUUGGGGCCCUGGAUUCAGCUGCGUGCCUCAGGCUGUGCCUUUUGGGCAGGGUUUGUGGCCAUUGCAGCAGGAGUUGGGGCCGUUGUCCAUGAGAAGCACUGGGGAAAACUUUCAGGCUGCAUAUCAAGUCUGCUCACCCUGGCUGGCAUUGGCACGGCCGUGGCCGCUGUUGUCUUCUGUGUGAAUAGUUUAACCUGGCAACCUGAUGUCUUCUAUGACAUCAGCUCCGUGUGUGAUUCCUUAGUCCCUGCCACCCCCACCUUUGGGUACAAACAGACUGAACGAAGCAAUUCCUAUUCAUCGUGGAAGGAGGAGCGCUGCAGAAACUACAUGCAAAUGCUGAUGGAUUUGUUCCUGGGAAUCCGUGGUCUGCUCCUGGCCGUCUGUGUCCUGCAGGUCAUUGCAUCCUUGGCUUCCCUGGGCGUGGGUCUUCGACGCUUCUGUGGCCAGAGCUCCCGGGCCCUGGAUGAAGAAGGGUCAGAGGAGAAGCUGUGGGGGAAGAAUUCAGUGCCUCCCUCCUCCCACAAGGAGAAGAGCACAGCUGUUGUCCUGUGAGCAGCCAAAGACCCUACCUGGACCCUGCAUGUCCCUCCAGAGUAGCCCAGGGCCCCUCACUGCCCUGUCCCUCACACUUGCUUCCUUUGGCUGCUCCCCAUCACCCCAACACCCUCACCCACUGUUCCCACUCCAGGGUCCUCAAUUCAGUGAACAGGUAUUGUCACAUUUUCCCCAAUGCUUAUUAAACAGAAACAACCACAAAAAAUGAUUUUGUGCAGAAAGGAUGUAGUCUCCCUUUGUUGAUACACACGGUGCAUUGAUACACAUGGAAUUAAAUGAGAGUUAUGUAUCAUAU